UGCAUCCCUAACUUGCCCCAUUUCAAUUCUGCAAAUUUGCUUGCGUUUAUUUUACACAGCAGAGUCGAUAAUUUUAUGCGCCGUAUACACUUUGAGUUUGCUUACUGAAUUUUUCAUACAUUAUUACUAACAAUGAGCCCAAGUAUUGUGUGGCAGUACUACGAUAAAAAAGAAAAAGGAAUUGCGAUCUGCGUAAAGUGCGGGAAAUGCUUUAAGUACCACAGCAGCACAACCACGUUAAAAAACCACGUAGAAAAAGUACACAAAAUUAAAAUGGAGAAAACUGACAUCAUUGAGCUUGUGGACAACGAUGAUGACAAUGAGCCGAAUCAAAAGAAGUCUAAAUCUGUUUACCCAAUACGAAAUUCCUUUGAAAGAGCAGUAUCAUUUUCUGAUAACAGCACCAAAGGGAAGGAAAUUUCAAAUGCGUUAAUGUAUAUGAUAGUUGUGGACGACAUGCCACUUUGUACACCUGAAAAAGGGAGUUUUUUAAAGUUCUGCAAAACGUUGCAACCUUUAUAUAAAGUGCCUACUGAAAAAACAAUGACGUCAAAAAUUGAAACAAAAUAUAGUGCAAUCCGAUUAAAGGUCAAAAACGAACUCAGUCAGGCGAAAUCUGUAUGCCUCACAUCGGACAUAUGGACAAACUCUUCGACUAUGCAAAGUUAUGUUGGAGUAACUAUACACUUCGUUAAAGGUUAGUUCCUCCUUUUUAUCUGCGAAAAAUAAUUUUUGUAGUAAUUUGUUUUUGGCGGAAUAUUUUCACUUAUCAAAAACUGGAAUCACGGGAUAUAUAAAGAAUAGAGCCCGUUGAGCUAGAAAAAGAAAAAGUGGAUGUUGUCGGCCUUCAUCCAUUUAUUCUGACGGUAUAAAAAAUUGUUGAUGCAAGUUAAAGUGUGUUAAAAGUUGUUAAAGUGGAAUUUUCAAUAACGUGGAUAUGGUUGGAAAGAUAAUUGACAGACCUUUAAUCUGAUAUGUAUAUCAUAUAUAUAAUACAUACAUACUUCGGGAAUAACCAAAAAGACCAAAUUAUAACCAUUUUUUAAUAAAAAUGUAUGUUUUUCUAAAAAAAUACGUAAUUAACUGUAAUAAAAGAUAUCUUUAUCAGAAAGAGUAUAAAAAUACCUUCAAUUUGAUAUAUGAUUGGUAAUAAAAAAUGUUCAAUAACUAAAAUAAUAAAAUUAUAUAUCAAAUUAAAGGUAUUUUUAUACUCUUUCUGAUAAAGAUAUCUUUUAUUA